CACUCUCCCCCCGCUUUGUGAUGGUAUCGCCCACUCCCACGGAAACGCCGGUACAGCUGAAGCCUCAGCACAGUGUGGAAAGCAGGUGGAAUUAAGUUGUCAGGUAGAGUGAAGCUCAACACAGUCAGUGGAUCGACUUGUGCGGUCUGGCAGACAUCAGUAAAAUUUCAGAAACGCUGGAUAAGCUUAAUCUUGUUGAUUUGAAUGGACAAGGCAGCCAGAGGUAUACAGCCCAGGUAGUAAAGACCAAUAAAGGUUCCAUAAUGCCUGUGAAGAAGAGGAAACUGCCUGACUCUGAGGAUCAUGGGCAGAAAUGUAAAAUUACAAGUUUUACUCGUCCUCAGGUCCGUGGUGUGAAGCCAAACAGCAGUGAAAGACAGUUUUCCGGUAAAAAGUGUCUGGCAUGGUUCCACAAGUAUGCCGGACCGGAUAAGGUGAUUGGUCCGGAAGCGAUGGAGAAGUUCUGUGAAGAUAUCUGUGUGGAACCAGAGAAUAUUAUAAUGUUAGUUUUGGCCUGGCAUCUAGAAGCUGCAAAAAUGGGAUAUUUUACAAAAGACGAAUGGCUUGGGGGAAUGACAAUAUUACAAUGUGACUGUACCGAGAGGUUAAAAGGCAAACUCGAUUACUUGCGCAGUGAGCUCAAUGACGCCGUAGCCUUCAAAAAUAUCUACAGAUAUGCUUUUGACUUUGCCAGAGAUACAAACCAGAGGAGUUUGGACAUGGACACCGCUACAUCCAUGCUGGCGUUGCUGCUGGGGAGGACCUGGCAUCUCUUUCCUGUCUUCCACCAGUUCCUGGAGCAGUCCAAGUACAAAGGACUGAAUAAGGACCAGUGGUACAACGUACUGGAGUUCAGCAGGACCAUCAACACAGACCUCAGUAACUACGAUGAAGACGGUGCUUGGCCUGUGCUGCUAGAUGAGUUUGUGGAAUGGCAGAAGACAAGGUCAGCAUCUAGGCUGCCAUACAUCACCAACAAAAGGGAAGGAGAGCGAAAACUAACGGCAGAGACAAAACCGCUGACAUGAGAGAAGAAGAACAGGAAACAAAAAAACACGCCUAACAUAAAAACAUGGACUGCAGAAUCAUCGCUGUAGGACUCACUCACAUCCUGUCAGAGAUGGUCUCUGCCAGCGACACGCCGUUGCGGGGUCCUUUCUCUGAGUAGAAGUUUUUUUGUUUUCCUGGUUUUAAUUUGGAAAGAAGAAUGUGGGGAAACAAAAUGAGCUGAAGGAGUUGUGGAAUUUGCUCCCUGAUAAUUAUUUUGUUUUGCUUUUGUGUCUUGUUUAGAUGUUUUCACUGGUAUUAAAAAGGAGAUGAAACUACAA